UAGCAAUGGAACCAAGCAACGGACAAAUUGAUCCAGCAACUACAUUGAAUUCAUCAGAAACACAUACGGAAAAAUAUACCUCUGAUGUUGAAGAAGACUACAAAACAAACAUUCCUUAUUAUGCCGAAGAUAAUAACGCCAACUCUACACAAGCCAUAAAUAACUAUAAUACAAUAAUUGGAAAAACAGAGAAAGUAGAUAGAUCUCCAAAUACCUAUAAUUACCAAAAUUGGGAAAAAGAAGAGAAGUUUGUGGACGAAAAUCACUCUAGAAUCGAUUCAGAUUAUUCCAGUUAUGAAACAAGCGAUACAGCAAGUUUCUACUCACCAACAAAUAACUCAGCAACAACACCAAUACAAGAAAUGAAGUAUACACCCAGCGAUAUAUUAUUCCCACCACCACCAGCCCAAAUGCGCUAUCACUACAAUUAUUCACCACAACAGAACCAUCCACAGCAACCACAUUCUUACACAAGUCCGCCCCAGUACCCACGCCACAUGCAUCCCAGCUUUCAGGCAGCUUAUGCCGCACAACAACCUGCUCCUGUCCAAUCAAUACCAUACGGUUCUUACCCACAGCAUCCACCGAACUUUCCUAAUAUGUGGCAUCCAAAUGCACCUUACGGUACUGGAGGUGGGUAUGGUGCAACGUAUGCAUCACAUCGCGUUGCUCAAUACAACAAUAGUGGUUAUGCUCAUGACCACAUGAUGGACAUGUUACAGUUAUCCAAUAGUGGGCGUGAAGCGAGAAAUCGUGCAGAGAAAAAUCGCCGCGAUAAAUUAAAUGGUUCAAUACAGGAGCUAUCAACAAUGGUGCCACACGUUGCCGAAUCUCCCAGGCGCGUUGAUAAAACUGCAGUCCUUCGAUUCGCAGCACAUGGACUGCGCUUACAAUAUGUAUUUGGCAACACACUUCAUCAUCCGCGUCCACAACUUACAGACACUCUAAUGAAAUUAUUAGAUAGCUUCUUUUUAACAUUAACUUGUCAUGGUCAAAUUGUGCUCGUUUCGUCCAGUAUAGAACAACAUUUGGGACACUGUCAGGCUGAUUUAUAUGGUCAAAAUAUCUUGCAUAUAACACAUCCAGAGGAUCAUGCUAUGCUCAAACAGCACCUCAUACCUAAUAAUUUAGACACACUUUUUGACGUGCAGACCGAAAAUGGCUCAGAACCACAACCCCGAACACAGGCCGAAGAAGAGUAUAUUGAUACAAAACUGCGUGAAGAUAAACGAAAUUUUACUGUUAGAUUUGCACGUGCUGGACCACGUUCUGAACCCACCACAUACGAGCUUAUUAGAAUCGAUGGUAGUUUCCGUCGAAGUGAUUGUGCACCGCGUGGUGUUAAAGCCAAUACAUUUCCAUCAACUUUACAAUUGAUCCGUCGUACAAGAGGUCGUGAUGAUUCAAUACCAUUACAUACAAUCAGUGGAAAUGAUAUUGUACUUGUAGCUGUCGCUCGCAUUAUAAGAGAACCCAAAAUUAUUAAUCGUGUUGCUGAUGUUAGUGUGUUGGAAUAUAAAACAAGGCACUUAAUAGAUGGUCGUAUUAUCGACUGCGAUCAACGCAUUGGUUUAGUUGCUGGUUAUAUGACGGAUGAAGUAAGAAACUUGAGUCCAUUCACUUUUAUACAUCAAGAUGAUGUCAGAUGGGUUAUAGUAGCUUUAAGACAGAUGUACGAUUGUAAUAGUUCCUAUGGAGAGUCCACGUACCGUUUACUUACACGUAAUGGUCACUUUAUCUAUUUACAAUCAAAAGGAUAUUUAGAAAUUGAUAAAGAAACAAAUGAAGUACAUUCAUUUAUAUGCGUAAAUACCUUACUUGAUGAAUCAGAAGGGAAACGUAGAGUCCAGGAUAUGAAAAUUAAAUAUGCGGUCAUUGUAAAUAAGCAAAUACCACAAUGCUCAUUAAUCGAUGUACCGGCUUCAGAAAAUCCGUUACAAUUGGAGAGAGCUGUACUCUGCCUAAUACAAAACCUGCAACGUUCAUCUUCAGAUGAUGAGGAACACAAUGCAUCAUCUCCAGGCAGUUACAGUUCACAGCGAAAGCGAUCGUUAACGAAUGCAUCAUCUCCCUACAGUACCUCAGCAUCUAUACGCACCACAAAGACACCACCACUAUCUUUAGUGCCACCUGAAGCGUCAUCUGUUAAAGUUUCAAUAUCCAAAAGCAUACGCGUUAUAAGCAAUACAGCAGCAAAAUUUUUACGAGAAAAUCAACGUAUUAGAUCUCCCUCGACCAGUGAGAGUAAUCCUGAAGAUGUCAACAAUAAAAAUGAUGGCAAUGAAAAAAAUGGUAGAUCGGAUAAUAAUGACAGUUUGUGUGGUACAAAACGCAGCAUCAGCAUGAGCUUAAGCUGUGCAGAGAGCGAUGAUGAUGUGCAAAUGGCAAAACGUCGCCUUAAUAGUUCCAGUACUGCAUAAUGGCAUUACUUUCACAAGUAGUGUUUAUGUUACUAUGUUAUGUUAAAAUGUUAAUUAUAAUUAUAUGCAAUAAUACCUAAUACUCGUAUAUACGAAGAAAGCAAGGUUUCAAAUUCAUACAGGUAUGUUAAACUGAUUCAAAAUGAAGAAACAGCAACACAUCUCUGUGAUUUUAGGGAAAACUUUAAUGAAUUCAAGAUGUAAAGUCUUCAAAUAUUAGCAAAAUUCAAGUGUUAGAAUGCAGAUAAUUUCAACGACAUUAAUGCAACGAAAGCAACCAUUUCAUUCAGCAAAUAUUGCAACAUCUAAAGAAAUUCAAAAUUAGAAAAAUAGAAUAUUGUAAGGCACUAAAGUACCAUGUGCAGAUUUCUAUACACUUGCCACGAAUAGGGAACUAAAAAUAUACAACAAUGUUUAAAAAGUAUUCGCGUAGAAAAUAAAAUUUAUUUCGAAAAAAAAAUUUUUAUAUAAUAAAUUAGUUUUCAAGCAUGGGCUUGCCGAGAAGUAGGUGUAAAAGUGGCGCUGAGAUACUACUGUGACCAAUAGGUUUCCUUUUCCCAUGCAUGACUUUAUAUAUAUAUAUAUAUAUAUAUAAUAAAUUAAUAAGAGAAAUAUAAACAAUAUUUAAAUUUUUUUAAAAUAUAAAAUAAUAUAUUAAAAAAAUAAAGGGUUUCAGAGGUAUCCUUCUCUCCCAUGAUUACAGCAAUUGAUUACUUGACAAAUUCAAUACAUAUAUUCAAAGUCCAAUUUCUUUCGAUAAAACUCAAAUACAACAAAACAAAAACAAUUUGUUAUAAAAACUACCUCAAUAAAUAUCCGAGCGUUACUAUUUUUUUGACUAUAUCUAUAUUUUAUAUUACUUAAAUUACAUAUAUACAUACGUGCGUACGUGCGUACGUAUGCCUUAGAAUACCUAAUAAGCCGAGGUUCAUAUACACAAACAUAUGUAGAUGAAAUGAGUACUAUUAUUAUUUUUGGAAAUACAGCACGUAUCCCUAAGUACGAUAGCAUCAUUUUCACAAACAAAUCUGAAAAACAAUAUUAACCAGUAAUUAUGUUUAGUCCUUUAUCGCAUUAAUUUAUUGAUUUGUUAAAUUGGCGUAAGAUGGCGUAUAUGAAAAUAAUAAUCAAAAUGCAUAUAUAUUUAUAGAUGUAUAUAUGUUAAAUGUGUUCCGUGUGAUGUUGUGACACUAUAUUAUCUAUUACCGUUAAUUUGUUUCUAACAAUACAUAAAUUAUUUAGUGUGAAGAUUUUAUAUAUAAUUAAGAGUAAGUUAAACUUAACAAUACUGAGUACUUAAGUGUCUAAAGCACAACUAAGCACAAAAUUAACUAGAAAAUUAGAAAGUGCUUAUGUGCAACAAAUAUAUGUAU